AUGAGGUCACUAACACGGAGAAAAGCCAUAGCUGGUAGAGGAUACGAAGUCGCAUAUCAAGCAUUUGGUCCUCUUGCGUGCAAUGCUUACACGCUAAUUUGCGAUGUGACCAACGAAGCCGCAAUUGUCGAUCCUUCCUCGUAUGACAGCUCCGAAUUUGCAAUUCUCAAAGAUCACUUGGAAGGAAAGGAAGUGAAACAUAUCUUGCUCACGCAUGGGCAUGCCGACCACGUGUCGGGAAUGGCAGAUGCUGCGAAGCAGUGGCCAAACGCCAAGAUCCAUCUUCAUCCACUCGAAGAGGAAAACUACCGCAUGGCACGGGAGCAUGGGAAGAACUUUGGUAUGGAGUUUCCAAAGCCGCCACCACCAACAGAUGAAAUCGUCGACGGCGGCAUAUUAAAAAUUGGAGAGAACAUCAAGUUGAAAUGCUUGCAUACCCCCGGUCACGCCCCUGGACAUGUUGUCUUUGCUGAUGCUGCUGGACAACAAACCGACAAUGGCGACAUAAUUCUGGGCGGAGAUCUGCUGUUUCGUGGCUCGGUCGGACGAACAGAUUUCUUCAACUCAUCCAUGGAAGAUCUGCUAGCAAGUUUGAGACGGUUGUAUGAGGAGCUUCAUGACGAGUCCAUAGUCCUUUCAGGUCACACUACCCCAACAUACUUGAACAAAGAGAGGGAAGAAAACCCAUUUGUAGCACACGCUCUCAAUUCACCAGAAGAAUGGUAUCAAGAAGCGAAGAAGCGGCAUGGAUGGAAGUAG